AUGGACUUUUCAGCGCCAGCAUCUGAGGAUUUGGCAGAGCCAGAUGCCAUUAUUGUGAGAGCAGAUGAGGUCGACGAAGCAGGCGCAGACAUAUCGACCAUCUCUCCAACCGAGACCUCCUCAGAAUCCGACUUCAAUGCUCGCAUCGAGAAUCGACGAGCUCAAGAUGCCCAGCCAACUGGCAGCCCCAAGAUCCUUGCCAAUGCGGUACCCUCCCCCACGCGACCUCUUCCGCGACCCAUCUUGAGGAGAGAAGGAAGUGUCCCUUUGCCACCGAAGCAGCCGCCACCACCGGCACCCAAUAGGCAAGACCCAGAUGAGAAGCCUGCAGAUUCUCUGAGUCUACAACAACUGAAAAAGCUCAUGGGAGAUCUCCCAAAAUUGGAGCCAGCUGCUUAUGCAUACGAAUAUGAAGAGACUCGAGGCCUAGAGGAGGAGGUGCAAGAAUGGUUCAUCUAUACAGAAGAAGAGAGAUUGAUUUUGCUAAAGGAGAAGGAAGUGUUUGAAGAUCGAUGGCACGAGUGGGUUGCGGACGAUUUCGAAAUCGAGCAAGCAAAUCCAAGCUGGAUAGAUGUGGGAGAUUCGGAGAGAAUGCAAUUUGUGAAGAUUGUUGUGGAAGAUUUGGAGUCUGACGACGUUGCUUCACGAGUCAAAAGCCUAGGGUGUCUCUCCUACAUCGCGUUGGGAGCAUGGGACGAAACGAAGCGAGUCCAACUUGUCAAUCCACCUCGACGGGUGUCGCAAAACAACGAAGAUUCUGCUACGGUGCCGAGACCAACUUCUGAGAUUCAGAUGGAUUGGAUCUUUCAGGGAACAGCAAUGCUCUCACAGCAGGACAUUAUUCAGCGUCUGAUAAGCUCUUUGGAGGCGCUCUGGCAUAGUGAAUUAGAAGCUGGCCCACGGCCUGAAAUGUCAGAAGCAGCUUAUGCUGAAAUGAGAAUGAUGAGACAACUCGAAUGUAACCAUGUUCUAACAACUCUUUACCUUAUCAUUGAGACCGGUCGGUGUACGGAGGAGCUGAGCGCCCAAGCUAAGAGGAGAGACGCAUUUGCGAACGUGAAACCCGGCAUGCUGUUUCUUCUGACCAGGAUGAUUGCAACUACGCGUUGGGAGGACUCAGUUGAGGCGUCUUGUAUAUCACGUCAUAAGUUACUCUUACUUUUAUGGAAAUCUUUCUUAUUUCUACUUGGCCAAAAUAAAGAUGUGAAAGAUUGUAAGCGUGUCCUUCGCGAAGAAUCUCAUGAGCUUCAAGAUGUCCACGACGAGAAAUUCAUAACAGCCUCUCCUCUCGACUACCACUUAUUUCGCCAGGAGAUCACCUCAAAAUAUCCUGCAUACAGCCCGCCGCCGCCUCUAGUACCUAUUGAGCCAGACAAUAAUACUAUCUUACCACCCCUGCCGAAUCAUCCAAGUCGACAAGCUAGCCAAGACAAUCUAAACGCCUACUCCGGUAAUACUACGAGCGGCUCCAUCUUCAACCAGCCAGUCCAUAUCGCUACCCCGGCGCCAUCUCCCCCACCUUCUCCAGCAGGGCCCGGCGGUAAAGGUGGCAAGAAACAAAACUACCAGACCAACCAAAAUUUUCCUUUCCUUUACCCGCCUCUUGACGAGACGAGUAAUACGUUAGGGGGCAAAGGUUCUGUGGAAACACAAGACAAAUUAGUGGGUAGGAGAUGGCACGGCUCCGAUGUCCCGGCCUCGAUCUUGGAAGCAGGCCAGCUAUUUGCCAGCAGAAUGAGAAUGUCACGGUCAUUGCGGCAGCUAUGGGAUGCCAGGGAGAGGUAUAUCAAGGAAGAACGUGGGUGGGGAAAUCCUGAUGCCCCACAAGUCUCGAAUCACAAAAUAGAAAAGUUCGACCAUGAACCUUUCUUUGAUUCUACUGAUGAGCAUCAUGAAGAAGGUGACUUACAAGAGGAUCAUCAUUCGCCAAUGAGAAACUCCGCUACUGUCAAUGACGAAUCCAAUAUUAAUGCAGAUGAGGUUCGAAAUGAUGGUGUACGCAAACGUCUGAAUGCUGUUAAUGAUUACUACACGAGUGCAUUACCAGAUCUUCAAUCCUUGGUCCUCGUGCUUGUCAUGAAAGAGCUGUUGAAUUCUGUUUCAGAUCUUCACGCUGGGACCGGGUUGCCCAGCCACAACAAUAGUGCGGAAGACGCAGGUGAUAAUUCGGAUAAGCGAAAGACCAAUCCCAACUCUUCUGCGAACCUCAAUGCUCUGAUUAAUGAGCACGGGUUGGAGAGAGAAGAAGAUGUUGAUCCUACUGUUGAGACGCUAAACGACGUGCGCAUGAGAGAGAUUUCGACGAAAGCUGUCUCGGGGAUAUUGUUGAUCCUGUUGAAAUGGUUCAAAAUCUCUCACGUUCUAAAAUUCGAAUACCUCACUCAGCUUCUUCUAGACGCAAGCUACCUUCCUUUGGUGCUCAAAUAUUUUGGCUUCCAGGAUGUUGACAAGGCAGUGGAACAGAAGAAUGACCGUGAAGACUUGGAUUUCUUCGCUUUUUGCCACCACCAUUCGAAACACCCACCUGCUUCACCUCCUCAGCCAGCCCUCUCGCCAUCUGACUCCGAUUCUGACGAUGCUGCACCGCCGCCAAUAAGAAAACACCGUCGAUCUCCAACGUCGCAAUCCCCCUCAGCAAGUCCACCUCCAUCAAUCAAUAGCCGGCGACCUGAAGUUGACGAACUAGGCUUCCCCACUGCAGGUUCUACCAUUCCCCAGACGCCACUUACGAACUAUGCUCCCCGCUUCUUUUUGACAAACAUCAAUUUGCUACGUAUCCUGCAGAAAAUAACAAAACGCAAGGCCCAUCGUGCUCUCCUUCUAGUCCAAUGCAAAUCCAGCACCAUCCUUCGAAAAUCGUUAAAGAUCCCGCAACCUGAUCUACGCCUCUAUACUUUGAAGCUCUUCAAGAGCCAGGUCCCGUACUGUGGCCGCAAAUGGCGGCAGACCAACAUGCGCGUCAUCACCGCUAUCUAUCUGCACUGCCGGCCCGAGUUAAGGGAUGAGUGGCUUUGCGGUGGAGAUGUCGACGGCGUCGUGGAGGAGGCAGUACCGGUUGAGCAAGCUGGCCGAAGUCUUGUUCAUUGGUGGCACCUCAGAGCAUUUAGGGAAAUGAUGGAAGGGAAAAGUGCCGGCAAGGAUGCAGACGAAGGGCAGGAAUAUGAUUUUUUUGCUAGGGAGCUAGAGAAGAUGGGGUGGGAUUUUGAGGCCGUGGAGGAGGAGCAAGGGGUUGAGGGGCCCGGAGAUGUGAAUGGACCUGGUGGUGGUGAGGUCGAUGGAGGCCUCAUGAGGGCGGAAGGUGGUACUGGCUGCAUUUCCCUCCUGCUACAUGCUAUCCUCGCUUCGCGCGGGGUAAGCUCGCAGGUCAUUGGUGUUGAUGCCGCUCCGCUGGCCGUGAAAUUGGCUAGGAGAAAUUUGCAACAUAAUCAUGGGAACGGACUCCUGACACAGGAUGCGCAUGACGACAUAGCUUUCUUGAACGCUGACAUCUUUGAGGAUGACUUCAUGACAAAGACAGAGGAAUAUUAUGAUGUCCUGGUCUCAAAUCCGCCCUACAUUUCUCUUCAAGCCUUCGCGACGACGACCUCACGGUCUGUCCGCAACUUUGAGCCGAGAGCUGCUCUGGUGCCAUCAAGACAGUCCAGCACAACAGCACAUCAAGAUGGAGGCGAUAUAUUCUACCCAAGAUUAUUGUCUAUUGCUCAUGAGAUUCAAGCAAAAAUAUUGUUGGUAGAAGUUGCCGACCUGGAGCAGGCAAAGCGGGUUGCUGGCUUGGUCGUUGAAAAUCCCCGAUGGCAUGGCUGCGAAAUUUGGAGAGAUUGGCCUGCCCAAUCGUCUCAUGCAAACGUUCACGAGGUGGUGAUAAGAGGCAGAACGCUUAAUCUUCGAGGGGACGGGAACGGACGAGCCGUCUUCGCCUGGACUCAGGAUGGUCAGGAUUUAUUGAAGACCAGGAGAUAA